AGUUUAAACAUUGAGAGUUUUAAAAAUACUUUAAUUUUUAUUGCAGAGCUGCCAAGAGGGUAAAAACAUCUCUUGCUUAGUCAAAACAAAACAAAAAACUUUCCCCCUUUGGUCCCAAUCCUUCGUCCAGAUUAAACAUCAGCUUUCGCUGCGGCAGAUUUGCCUAACUCGUUUUGUAAAGGGUAAUUCCUCCGCUCUCGCUGUCAAGUCGUUGAUCCAUUCUGCAGUUAUUCUUGAUUCGCUUGGAUCUUUGUGGAAGAGACUUACCAAGACGGUUUAUACCAUGCACUACAACUCAUGCAAAGGUUUUUAACCUUUUCGCUUUCAUUGAUUUGUGAUGUGUCUACCCAGCCUUAAGCUUUGCUAAGAAACGGAAACCCAGGGAAUGAGGCACCAAAUGUCAUCUGAAAUGUCACCAGCAUUUACUGAGACUUCUAAUGUUGAAAGAAAGGAAGACUUAGGUGAAGGUCAAGAGGAGAGCCAGAAGCCAAAAGGUGAAGGGGUUGAACCAAUAUCUAAACGACAAAUGAAGAAGCUAAUAAAACAGAAACAGUGGGAGGAACAACGAGAACUCCGCAAACAAAAGCGGAAAGAAAAACGCAAGAGAAAAAAAUUAGAGCGACAAUGUCAACUGGACUCAAACUCAGAUGGAAAUGACAGAAAACGUGUGCGAAGACAUGCUGUUCACAGCACACUCCGCCUUGUCAUUGACUGCAGUUUUGAUGACUUGAUGGUAUUAAAGGAUAUUAAAAAACUUCAUAAGCAGAUUCAGCGAUGUUAUGCAGAAAACCGACGUGCACUGCAUCCUGUGCAGUUUUACUUGACAAGCCAUGGAGGCCAGCUGAAAAAAAAUAUGGAUGAAAGUGACAAAGGAUGGGUCAACUGGAAGGAUAUCAACAUCAAAUCAGAGCACUAUACUGAACUCAUUAAAAAAGAAGACUUGAUUUAUCUGACAUCAGAUUCACCUAAUGUACUGGAGGAAUUAGAUGAAUCAAAGGCUUAUGUGAUUGGAGGAUUAGUAGAUCACAACCAUCACAAGGGAAUCACAUAUAAACAAGCAUCAGAUUAUGGAAUUGACCACGCACAGCUCCCCCUUGGAAAUUUUGUGAAGAUGAAUAGUAGAAAAGUUUUGGCCGUUAAUCAUGUGUUUGAGAUUAUUCUGGAAUACCUAGAAAGAAGAGAUUGGCAAGAAGCAUUUUGCACCAUCUUACCCCAACGGAAAGGAGCUGUUCCUACAGACAGAACCUGUGAAAGUUCUCGGGAAGAGCAGUCUGCCCAGGUUGAAGAUGGAUCAGACAGUGAUUCCAGUGAGGGGGAGGACAGCAGAAAUGAAGCAGAUUCACCACACGCAGAAGAAAAGCAGGAUAAGGAAAACUGCACUGGAUCUACAGUGAGUGCGAUAUCACACUAAUGUUACCUGUUCUUUUAGGUCAGGGAAAAAUUAGGAGAAAGUAAAGUGCUUCCUAUCCUAGGAUAUUCAGAUUGGAAGAAAAUUUAUUUUCUCAUUUCUGUUGCUAAUUUCAAAAUUAUUUUAGGGUUAAAGGAUAGUAAAAUGUUCUUUAAACUCUGUAAGAAAGAAAUUUUUGUUUUUGCAAAAGAAGAAUUAAAUACAUAGGUUUUUCUUUUUUAUAAUUUUUUUUUUAAAGCUUCCCAAGUUUCUAGAGAAUCGUAUGUGGUUAGCAUGCCUUAAUUCUCUUUCAUUUACUGGAUUGCAGUCUUCCGAAUGUUCCUUCUGACCUUUGAGUUUUCUUAGUUCAUGUUCAUAUCUUUGUCUUUCUGAUCUGUUGCUCCUUAUUUGUGGGGGCAGGUACUCAUUCAGGAUCUUGUGUAUGGGAGGUUACCCUCCACAUGCAGGUUUUUUAUUUACUUUAGUCAUGAAAAAGAAAGUGUUUUCAGAAGUAUCAGCUUGAUAGACUCAACAAUUCAUUUCGUUUGGACUAUAGAACCCAUAUGUGUUUCUUCUUUGUGAUGCCUUCUCAUGGUUUUGAAGUAAUCAUUGAAGAGAAUCUCUUUAAUACCUCUUUUGCAUUCCUAUUAUGGUGAUAAAUUAUUUUAAUUACAAAAUUCAAUUUUUGCAAGCUAGAUUAUUUUAUAAGGCUGCUACUUUUGAGGGAUCAAUUUUGGCUUUACCUGAAUUUAAAAUGAAAUAGCUCUUAGCAGCUAACAUUUCUUUUUACAGAUUUUUUUUACAAAGUAUUUGUUGGCUCUUAAAGUGAAUAAAGCUUAAAUGUGCUUCAGCCUCUUAUAUAAUAAUAUUUAAAUUAAUGUACAUGUAUAUUUCUUAAAAAUAAUGACACACAUAUGAAAAUAUGCAAAUUAUUGUAUUCACAUCUUUCCAUAUCAUGUAUGGUUCUUAGUUAUUGGUGGAUAAUAGGAUUGAUUUGUAUCAUUUAUGUGAGCAGUUGUGUUGAAAGCACUGAGACCAAUUUGAAUUUCAGUAAGUCCAAAAAUUCCUAAAUAAGCAUUUGCAUGGAAAGAUUGUACUGGAGGAUGUAGCAAAAGGGUGCUGUUUCGGGGCCAGCAUUGUGGCACAGAGGGUAAAACUGCCUCCUGCAAGGCUGGCAUCCCACAUGGACACCAGUUCAUAUCCUAGCUGUUCCACUUCUGAUACAGGUCCCUGCUAAUGGCCUGGGAAAAACAGUGGAAGAUGGCCCGAGUAUUUGGGCCCCUGCCACCCAUGUGGGAAACCCAGAUGAAACUCCUAGCU